UAAAUUCUGGAGUCGGUCCAUGAUGCCGGAAUUCCAAGAGAACUAUGACGUACAGCCGGCCGACGUUUUGGAGAAGGAGGAAAAGGAUCCUCAUGUGAUCCCUCCUUAUUCGGUUCUGAUCUUCCUAGACAAACACGAUGGGAACUCUGAAGCUGGUAACGACGACCGCAUAUUAGACGGAAAAGAAAGCCAAUGCGAUGAAGACAAGACGCAGGAAACUGUCGCUUCAAAAGGACCUGUCAAUGACUUGCCGAAGUUGGAAGAGUUCAUCCCACAGGAGUAUUUUCCCGAAAUCUUAUUCGUGCAUGAUCCAGACGACCUGACACUGUAUUCUGAGGGAUCAUUCCCGAAAUCUGCACGGUCCGACGACACGAUUCCGGUCAGAUACAAAUGCAUAUAUCCCACUGAAGGCUCUCUCAUCUUUGAAAACAAAGACGAGAAGCCUCCCGAAGAAAUAGGAGACAUUGACAGUCUUAAAGAGAACGCGACGCGCACAGCGCACUUGCACCUAUCUGCUCAAAGCAACAUAGGCCAGGGGAACCACUCGCUUGUCUAUCGCACUGCACUCAGUCUCCCCCCGCCGCUGAGGGCCCGCGGGCCCACCGGACAAGUGACCGUCGCCGCGAAGCUGAUGAAAUCUUGUGACAGAGACUGUCGCCGCAUGCUCGAGAGAGAAGCAUGGAUCUACGACCAAUUCCCGAGGCAUCUCAUGGAAGACUGGAGCGGCUAUAACUAUCUCCCCGGUUUUAGGUGUCCUACUCCUGUUGACGCAGUCGUACCGAAGUUCUACGCGUACUACGUCCCGGAGGACGAAAAGUUAUAUCCGCAGAGGAGUGCCAUCUUGUUGCUCGAGGAAUGCGGCGUACCGAUUGAGCCUGAAGAGAUGUAUAUACCCGAAAGAAUCCAGUGCAACUCACAAUUCCUCCGUCUCCAUUGGGCAGGAUUCCUCCAGAACUCAGUCGCUGCCCGAAAUAUCCUCGUACAGCCAGGUCCUCUCGCGUUACCGCCGCGAUAUCGUUCGCUCUCAUAUCCCCGCUUCCGCAUCAUCGACUUUGGCCGCGGCGAAGAGAGGCUCGAUUGGUUCGACAAGAGAACACGGCGCUCGAGUACCACGGCGGACGAUGAUGGUGCCGAGAGAGAGCGACUAUGGGAAAGGUGGGAGAAGAAGGAGGAUGAUGAGCAAAGGCUUGUCAAGAAAACUUUGAAGAUGGACUUAUCAUGUUAUUCAAAGAAGACAUGAAGUAUCCGCAACACGUUAUCGCUUGUAAUGUUUCACACUUGAUCAUUUGUUCCAUUCGCUAUCCAUCCGCAUCGCUCCUCGUGUUCUGUGUUCGCAUAUAUGCCGUUAGACUAUCGCUCCUUCUUGUCCUUUGUUGCAAUCGCUAGCUGCUAUCCGUCUAUGUAACUAUAUCGCCGCAUUACAAUCAUUAAUUUAGAC